CUCGUGUUGCUAUGCGACCAAGGAUUCAUUUUUUUGGUAAACACAUCUAUUCUGUCUGCCCCGGUAAACAAUUAGAUAAAUGAAUUUAUAAGGCGAUAUUUUAUCAAUGAUAGUUCAUUUCGUGUGACGUUGUUUAGUCAAAUCUAAUGGAAUAAGGAGCUAAAACGUCAAAAGAUGCCUGCAAGUGACCUUUUGGCCAAAGAGGAGCUAUACAAGCUGCUAAAUGCAAAGCUGGAGGCCAAAUCGGCCAAUUUGGCAAUGCAAGCAGAUCAAUUAAAGAAAGAACGGGAUGAUUUUCUGUCUAAGCCUUCAACUUCACAGUCACUCAAGGAGUUGGAGGAUGAAGCAGCACCAAGUUGUGCCAACGAUCGAGAAAUACCUGCGUCCAAACCUCACAAGGUGGAGCCCAAAAAGUCACAAAAAUCCGAAGUACACGAAACCCAUUCCAACCAGUCAGUUUGCAGAAACACCUUAGGGUUUGGAGAUUCGGUAGAGACCUUCAUGACGAAGACGAUACCAAGCGUGGAAGGGAGGAUUAACCAUUUGGUUCCUCCUGACAAUGUGUUCAGCGACGGAGACGACUCAACGGGGGUUUCAUGUGCACAAAUUUACGCCCUGAUGUCCAACAUCAAGUUGAUGCAAGAAGAAAUGGAUCAUCUACUGAGUGAAAGGAAAAAGAAGGAUGACGAAAAUGCCAAGCUGAACAGCAAAAUCAAGCAGCUGGAGGAAGACCGGAUCAAGCUCCAGAGGACCGUAAACAUCCAGCAGAGCAAGAUGGACAAGCUCAAAGCUUCUGAGAGUGAGGCCGCCGUCAAAUAUGACAGCCUUCAGCUUCAAAUGUCCGCUUUGCAAAAGGAAAUGGAAAAGCUGAGUAAAACUAGCAAGCAAGGAGCAGCCACGCAGAGCACCGUGGAGCUUCGUCUCACAAGAGCUCUCGACGAAGUGGACCGCUUAAAGUCGGAACUCCAAAAAAACAAACAGAUGCACAAGGAAAAGACUAGCGAGGAACAACAGAUUCGGGAAACGCUAAUGACAGAAAACAAAAUGUUAAAAAAGCAGAAAGCGGAGCUUAUCGUGGGAUUGAAGAAGCAGCUCAAGUUGAUCGAUGUUCUCAAAAGACAAAAGAUGCAUCUGGAAGCUGCCAAGCUGCUGUCCUUCACAGAGGAGGAGUUCAUGAAGGCCCUCGACUGGGGCAAAGCAUAAAAAUCCAUAAAUUGACUUGGUAUGAAGCCAGAAGGUUGAGUUGGUUAUUUUGACAUGCUGAAGACUGACAAUGAAUCCUGCGUGCAUUAAAGAGAUUUUUGAUUGACUGCCAAUUUGUCAUCCUUUCAACGUCUGAUUAGACCUUUCUUUCGGUUGGAUGGUCAGAGGCAUGAAACCAGUUGCAUUCUGAAUUGAAAAGUCCAGCUGGCUCGCAGAUCGUAAAAAAAAUAAUUAAAAAAAAAUCACGUUUAAUCUAGACUAUAACAGCACACUAGGAUUGUUUGAAAUUGUUCGGAAGUUGGAAACUUGAAAAUCAAUCAGUUGUCUCUGCCUUGGUUUCAGAAUUCUCUGCCUGACACGUCUUGAAGUUUUUCCUGAACUCUUCGUCAAAGUGCUUCAGGUCAUCUUCACGGAGCAAACCCUGAAACGAGACAGAGUCACGUUCAUGAACAGACUUCGCUACCCGAUAUGGGAGGUUCUCUGCGGAGAAUGGGAACCUUUUGAAACCCAAAAAGGCUCACACGCCUCUCCUUGUGCAGCAACAAUUUUCUGCAGCACAUUUGGCUGGCGUGAUGCGAAAUAUAAACGAAUUAAUCUGCAA